GGUCCGAAUCCCUUGGUCUGAGUUCUUUGAUCUUCCAAGCCUCAAUAAAAACAUCCCUGUUAUUGAGUAUGAGCAGUUUCUUGAAGGGGAUGGUUCUGGGGUUAUGAGGAAACACGGGGCCUAAAUGUCUCUUGUCUGUCUGUCCAAGGAUCAGCCUCUAUCAUAGCUCCUGUUCUUUUGAAAAACACUUCAGCACGGUCAGUGAUGUUAGACAGAGCUGAAAACCUCCUUCAUGACCAUUACGGAGGGAGAGAUUAUUGGAAUACCCGUCGAAGUAUGGUGUUUGCUAAACACCUGCGUGUGGUGGGGGAUGAGUUUAGGAGGAAAUACCUUCACUCCACUGAUGAGGCAGACAGGACAGACUACAAUGAGGACUGGACACAGAUGAAGGUAAAGCUGGGCACUGCUGUAGGCGGGCCAUACCUUGGGGUUCACCUCAGAAGAAAAGACUUCAUCUGGGGUCACAGAGAAGAUGUGCCAAGCCUUCAUGGAGCAGUGAAGAAAAUCCGCAGCCUCAUGGAGAAGCAUAAACUUAAGAGAGUUUUCAUAGCUACUGAUGCCAUUGUGGAGGAGACUGAAGAGCUCAAGAAAUUACUGCCUGAGAUGGUGAGGUUUGAACCCACUUGGGAGGAGCUAGAACUCUACAAAGAUGGAGGAAUAGCAAUUAUUGACCAGUGGAUCUGUGCACAUGCUAGGUAUUUUACAGGCACCUCAGUUUCAACAUUUUCCUUCCGGAUUCACGAGGAAAGGGAGAUCCUGGGAUUUGACCCUAAGACCACUUACAACCGAUUUUGUGGUGAGAAAGAGAGAAACUGUGAACAGCCAACCCACUGGAAAAUUGUUUAUUAAUAAAACCACUCCAAAGGACUGCAGUAAGUGGCGAGCUCACCAAACCAAGAGAACACUCACAGGAAACAUCUCUUUCUAGCCAAGCUACCACUUCCUCCUCCUCCUCUUCUUGGUGUUAGCUCUGAGUCUGGGUUUUAAGCACAACUGGGUAGCAAUACCAUGGUCAUUCUCCUGACCAGGCACUGAUAUAACUGGUCAAAAUGAAGUGAGGUAAGGAUUCGGUUCUUGGUAUAGCUGGUAUGCCAGGACAAUAUACUCACUCUCUAAAUGUUUAAUUUAGAUUGAAGAGGCCAAGCAUUGUUUUAGGAGGCAGCAAAAAUGUUUUCACUCAAUGUUUGUUUUUUAAGUGCUGUAUCUAUAACAUAGCUAUAGUCUGUACCACAUUCCUAUGUUCAGGUGGUUAUUUUCUUUUCAGCUUUAUUUGACUCACUGUAGUAUUAUCUGUUUACAAGGAGGACAUUUAGGUGUUGUAACCUGCACUUUGUGAGGGCUGCAGAUUGUGUACAGAAUGUGCAGUUCUGGAGGGAAAAUCAAAUAGUAAUUUUUUAACAUGUCAAACUGGUACAAAAAUGCAUUUCAUAUUCAUAAUAAAGGGUAUUUUUACCAGAACACAGACCAGUGUCACAGCUAGCACCUUUAAUAGCAAUUCUUGGCAGAGAGGUCAGUGGCUAAAAUAUAUAAAGGCUGAACUACGUUGGCAACCCCAAAGCUGGUUGGGUUCUGUUUAGUGGGGCUGCGAGGGAAAGCGUGCACUGCCUGUCAUGUACAUGUUCUCUCUAAACAGGACGCUUCAUUUUAUAGAGCUGUCAUUCAGCACCUUUCUCCCAUGUUAAACUCACUCAAAUCAAGGCAAAUAUAAACAGCAUUUGGGGAGUUUCCUGCUUUGCAAGAAGAACUUUUCAAAGCGUGGAGCUGCUUGUUUAGGCUUGAGGGUGUUUUGCAGCUGCAUAGGGGUUGCAGAAUGGCAUAUUCUUUCUUUCCCCCUCCACUCCUGGCCUGGUGCACAUUGGAACGGUUACAGGGCGUGACUUCAUCCCUGGUUUCAGACAUGCUAAAACUGACCAGCCAUUAUAAAGGUCAUCGGACUCUUUGCUCUUCCCCUUAAUUCUGCGUCACCAUCAAAUCUCCCAAGUGAACCUGUACAGCUGCAUGCAGGUGACACUCUCCCUUGGGACUGAAAUGUCACACUCAGCAAGGGCACAUGGAAGCAGAGUAGUGGGGUACCCCCUUCUGUCAGCCAUUGUGGCAUGGGGAGCUGUUACAUUAACUGCAGUGUGGGCAGAAGAGAGUGCAAUGGCCGUCUGAGAAAACACUUCACAAAUAUGAAGCCUUUGACACUCUCACUGUUCAGAGUCGGCUACAUGCAAUAUUUUGUUCGUGGUGUGCAUCAGGUAGACUUCUGUCUUGCGAUUUUAAUCUGGCUCAUGGUUCUGCGAGGUCUCCGAUAGGUCUGUUUAAGAAAAAGGGGAGCCAUAAUUUUCAGAGUUCAGCAGUAUGUUUUUCCUCUAAAUUUGAACAGAACACCCUGCAGUUAAUGGGUUCUUCCUCAUGUUGUCAAGUGUGCUGUUACUGUGCCCUUCGCCCACCCCCCACCUCUUUCAUGAUUUCAGCAGCAUUUUUCUCGGUUCCUUCCUGUGUCCCAUUGGGCUUCUUCUCAUGUCUAACGCCUGCCCGCUUGGGCUCAGUAAUACCCCCCUCCUGUGCUAUCUCUGGGAAUCUUACUGUAUGCUCUCAGCCAGCCAGCCAGGCUUGUCCUGUGCUGUGUGCGGAAAAACUUGUACGGUCUCCUCAUAAAGUGAGUAAUUUCAGGCCUCCUGUGUUGUUACCAGCUAUUUAUUUGUAUCUCUGUACAGCAAGGGUUUCUUUCCAGUGACAAAAUGAAGCUUGUGGGAGCCUUGUAUUCUCCAAGCAGUGCCUUUUCCAGCUGAGUUGGACAUUGUUGUCAUGUAGCCUGCGUGCUGUGCAAAGCAUACCUAUAACUGUAUACCUCAAUUUCUUAUCAAAAAUAAAACACUUUGUAGUAUCUUUUA